AUGAAUCGUUCUGCUCUAGCCAAACUCGUCCUCUCCUGCACGUCUCAUCUCAAUCCUCUCUUUCCCCUUCCUUCGUUCCUCUAUUUCCCCUCAACAGCAGCCCAGCCGUCCCUGCGCAUGGUUUCACCUGCUCACUCCGACCUCCCUGCCGAGGCUCUACUGGGGAAGGCUGUAUCUGGCGCCGCGCAUAGCGGCCGCGGGGCAGGGGUUGUUCUCCCUGCCGUUGAUGUGAGUGUUGGGGGAAAGACGGAGGAGGAGCAGGAGCAGGCGCAGGGGCAGGGGCAGGCAGAGCUGCAGCAACAGGAGGAGGGGGGGUUGGUGAGGGAUGAGGAGGAGUGGAAUGCGGCAGUGGAGAAAGCAGUGGAGGAGGCAGUUUCAGACGCCUUCUCCCGUGCCCAGCACCUGCUCGCCUCACUUGAUUCCGUGCGCCGGGCAGGUCGGGCAGCUCAGAAAGCUUUUUCUGACCGGAGUUUUGUUGCUCUUGUGGAGGAAGAAAUGGUAUUGCAUUUUGGGGGGGAGGAGGGGGAGAGGGGGGAGAGUGUGGGUGGGAUUGGUGAGGUGGAGGAGAGUGGGAAGGGGGUUGAGAAGGGGGGUGAGAAGGGGUUGAGGGCCGUUGAGGUGGGUGUGGGGGGGAGAGUGGGUGAGGAGGCAAGGCGGAGGGCAGAGGCUGUGGUGAGAACGGUGGUGGUGAUGAUGGGUGAGCGGGGGGAGGAGGGCGUGGAAAGUGCUGGGAUGGGUGCAGAAUCAAAGGAAGGGGAAGGAGAGGAGGGAGUGGAGGGACAGGAGGGAGAGGAGGGAGAGGAGGGAGAGGAGGGAGAGGAACAGGGAGGGGAGGAGGGAAGGGAGGGAGUUGCUGCUGGUGGUGCUACUGGUAGGCGCUUCAGGCUUGCUCAGAGGCUCAAGGGGUUGGGAGAUGUGGCACGAGACAAGGUGUGGGACAUGGCGGAUUCCUUACUCUCUCGCUUGCGGGCUGCCGGGCAGAAAGUGGUCGGCGCGGAAGAGUUCCUUUCUGUUCGGGCGAGGUACGCUGCUGCCCGGGUGAAAGAUGCUGGCCAGCGUGUUCUGGAUCGUGUGGUGGAGAGCGGUCGGGCAGCCAGGGAAGAUGCGGAGGCUGCCCGAGAUGCUGUGAUCGCGACCGGUCUGGCAGCAAAAGAAAAGGUUGAGGCAGCUUGGGAAAAAACGCACGGAGCCGGGCAGGCUGCUGUGGACACAACAGUGGAAUUUUGUGCCCGGGCAGCGGAACUUGGGCUGGAAGCGGUUGAUAGGUGCAGGCAGGCUGGUCAAAGUGUGUGGGAGGGCGGGAAAACAACAGUUGGGGCAGUGGAAGGGGGAGUGAAGGGCGCAGUGAAGGGAGUGAGGGAGGUGGUGGAGGGGGUAGAGGAGGCUGUAGAGGAUGUGAGUGAGAGAGUGAAGGGGGUGGGGAGGUGUGUGGUGGAAGAGGGGUUUCAGCCACACACUCAUGGGCAUGGGCAUGGGGAUCAGCAUAAGCAUGAAGAGGCAGGACCGACAUCCACCGCCGCCCCUGCACCUUCCACGGCCUUCCUUGGUCCUGUGUAUGAUGUGGCUACAGAGGCUGUGAGGAUGGAACAUGGGGGGGAGGGGGAGAGGGAGGGACAGGGGGUGGGGGAAGGUGUGGUUGGGCAGGUUGAGAAGGCGUGGGAUGCUGCAAAGGGUCGUGUGGAGGAAGGUGCGGAGAAGCUGCGGGGUGAGGUGAAGGAAGGUGCGGAGAAGUUGCAGGAGGAGGUGAAGGAAGGUGCUGAGAAAUUGCCGGAAAGGGUGAAGGAAGGUGCUGAGGUAGCAUGGGAGGAGGUGAGGGAGAGAGGCAGCAGGAUGGGAGAGAAAGUGAAGGAAGGUGCUGAGAAGGCGUGGGAAGAGGCGAGGGAAGAGGGCAGCAGGGUGGGUGGGAAGAUGAGGGAGAAAGCCGGGGAGGGAUGGGAGGCAGUGGAGGGGGCUGGGGAGAAGAUGAGGGAGGGAAUGAGGAGGGAGGGGGGAGGCGAGGAGGAGGAAGGGGAGAUGGGCGAUGGGGUGUGGAUGGAGCUGCAAGGAGUGCGCUUCUUCCAGCCAGUACGGGAUGCAAUGCGUCCUAAGAAGGCAGGCGGCAAAGAGACAGCAACAGGGGAAGCAGCAGAGGCAGAAGGGACAGAGGGAGCAGAGCAGCAGGAGCAGAUGCAGCAGUGGGAGCAGUGGGAGAGGGUGAACCCACCCUUCCCCUCUAGUGCUCUAAUGUCCCGCCUGCCUCUCUGGUUCCAACGCCUUGUGCUGCCAAUCCCUCUCCUCUCCCACCUCUCCUCCCUCCCCUCCUCUCCUCCUCUCCUCGUCCCUGCUCUCAUCCGCACAGCUCACCUCGCUGCUUUCUCGCUCGCCUACACACUCACUCUUGUCCUCACCUUCCUGCCCAUCGGGCAGCUCCGAAAUGUUUUCUCGCCUUCGCCUGCCCAGUUGGGUUCGAUGGUCGAGCGGGCGGUUCUGAGGGUGCUCUUUGCCACGUCAGCGCUCUGCCUUCUCUCCCUCUCCCUCGCACACUCUCACACUCCCCUCUCCCCCUUCCGCGCUUCCCCCUCCCUUCACCCUACCACUGCGUGGGGAGCAGGGGGGGAAGAUGGGGGGAGUGGGGGGGGAGAGGGGGGAGCAUGGGCGGAGGAGGCAGGGGGUGGGGGCGGGGAGGGGGAGGGGAAGGGCGUGGGGGACUGGGCGGAAGCAGCUGGGGGGAUGGGAGGGGGGGUGGUGGAGUGGGGGGAUGAGUUGCAGCUGUGGCUGCUGGCGGCAGCAACGGUGUUGGCAGCACUGCUGGCGCUCAUUCUGCAACCGCUGUUGAGCUAUAGCAUGGAGGAAGCAGCAGCGCUCGCUCGUGGGCCCUCCUCUCCCACGCCUCGUCACAAGCGCCCCCGCCCCUCCUGGCUGAUGCGCCGCCACUCUGCACUGCAAUCCACCGCACCAGCAGCACCAGGAACCCCUCCGCAAACCCCUCCGCCUCCAGCCACUACCCCUGCGGCACACACCGGUGAAGCGCCUAUUCCUCCCUCUGCUUCGUUUGCUGAAGCUACUGCUGCGGUGGCCUCUUCUUUCGUCUCGGAGGGAGCAGCAAUGACAGCACAAGAGCUUCCUACUGCUGCUGCUGCAAGGCCAGCACAGGAAUCAGAGGCGGUGGAAGGGACGGAAGGGGAGAGGGUGAGGGGGCAGCAGCAGCUGCUGCAGCAGUGGCAGCAGAAGCUGCAGUGGCGGGUGCGGGUGCUGACUGUGCUCAAAAGCGUGGCGACUCACGCCCUGCUGGCGGUGCUGACGUGGCACCUGUGGCACCUGGCUUGUCGUGUACUCGUGUAA